AUGAAGAGCUUAGUUGCAGACCAAACAAGCCUUUACCACAGCACUACUCCAUCACCGCCAGUUCCAAAUCUUCCUUCUCUUCCUCUCAACAACAGCAAUAAUGGCUUCCUCUCCUCCACUAAUAUCUCUCCUCUCCCCAGCUCCUUCAUCAACCUAGACCAAGGAGAUCCAGUUGUGUUUGAGGCGUACUGGAGGAAGAUGAGCGAGAAGUGUAAGGUGGAGAUAAAGGGUUGCGAGCUUCUGAGUUAUCUGAGUGACCUGAGGAGUGUGUGUUGGUUUAUGAUGCCGGAGCUCAGAGACGCCAUUAAAAGGCUUCAUGCUUUGGUUGGUAACGCAGAGACGGACGAUAGCCACAUUGUGAUCGGAAAUGGCUCCACGCAGCUCUUUCAGGCAGCUCUCUUCGCUCUCUCUUCUUCUUUUUCUUCUUCUUCCGAUGACCCCAUCAACGUCGUCGCUGCUGCUCCUUACUAUUCGGAGUAUGAAGAUCAAACAGAUAUUCUGCGUUCACGGAUGCACAAAUGGAGUGGUGAUGCAAUGAAGUAUGAUAAGAAUGAAGCAUAUAUAGAGGUAGUGACGUCUCCCAAUAAUCCAGAUGGUAGCAUCAGAGGACCUGUGGUGAAUAAGAAAAAGUGUGGAGCUGAAGGGAAGCUGAUUCAUGACCUUGCUUAUUAUUGGCCUCAUUACACUCCCAUUACCCACAGAGCCAAUCAUGAUCUUAUGCUCUUCACUUUCUCCAAAUGCACUGGUCAUGCUGGUUCUCGUAUUGGGUGGGCUAUUGUGAAGGAUAAAGAGAUCGCAAAAAAGAUGACCAAGUUUAUACAGAUGAGCUCCAUUGGAGUGUCGAAAGAAUCUCAAACUCGAGUUGCUAAGAUAAUUGAAGUUCUUUGUGAUAGCUAUAAGAAUUUCAAACUUGGGUCUAAAGAAUCUGAUUUGUUUUUUGAGCAUAGUAGGCUCUUUAUGAAGCAAAGGUGGGAAAAGCUGAGAGAAGCCACUAAGCAAAAUGGUUAUUUCAGUUUGCCAAACUUUUCAAGGGCUUAUUGUAACUUCACUAAUGAAUCAUCUGAGACAUAUCCUGCUUUUGCAUGGUUGAAGUGCAAGAAGGAUGACGCAGAUUGUGAGAGUUAUUUGGAAAAAGAAUUGAAAAUACUUGUUCGAGGUGGGACUCGAUUUGGAUCUGACCCAAGAUAUGCUAGACUUAGCAUGCUGGGUAGAGGUGAUGACUUUGAUGAAUUCUUGAAGAGGCUAUCAAAGAACAUCUAAGAGA